UUCAGAGGCAGCUCUGACCUCCACGUGCUCAAGGAGGAACUUCAUUUCUGCCCCUCGAUUUCUUGGGAACACCCAUUAGCAGACAGGUCCUGCUCUCAUCACAAAGGGAAACUUAAGGCCUGCUCUUCAGACUCCCACAUCCUCUCUGAAGUGCCACAGAGCUAACUGCCCCAGCUCAAAGUAGCCAGACAGUUGGAUAGCCUGAGAGGAAUCCAGCUCCUUGCAGGCCAGCCAUGGAACUGCUCUGGAUGCCCCUGCUGGUGGUGGCUGCUUGCCUUGCUCAGGUCCUUUGCUCACCAGGGAUAGAUACAGGCCUCAACAUUUCCCGGCCUGUGCACAUCCUGGAAGAUCAUAACUUAAUGGUGUUGACUCCUGCAGGCCUGGCGCAGACACUGAAUGAGACCCGCUUCCUAAUGGUGAUUUUCCACAACCCAUCCUCGAAGCAGUCCCGGAAGCUGGCUGAAGAGCUGGGCAGAGCCGCGGAGAUCAUCGGCAAGGGCAAGAAUGGUUUGGGCUUUGGCAAAGUGGACAUCACCGUGGAGACGGAGCUUAAGCAGGAGUUUAACAUCAAGCAGGCCCCGGAGUUGAAGCUGUUUUUCGAGGGGAACAGGUCCGAUCCCAUCAAUUGCAAAGACGUGGUUGAAUCUACAGCUUUGGUUGUUUGGUUGAGAAGACAGGUUCUCCACAAAACACGUCUGUUCAACAACAGUGAGGAAGUGGCAAAUUUCGUGAAAUCCAGGCCCUUGGUCAUCAUUGGCUUCUUCCAGGAUUUAGAGGAAGAAGUGGCAGAAUUGUUUUAUAACAUGAUCAAGGACUUCCCAGAGCUAACAUUUGGAAUGGUAGAAAUCAAAAAUGACUUCGGGCGCUUCCAUGUGAUCCUUGACAGCGUCCUGGUGUUUAAAAAGGGAAAAGUUGUGAGACGUCAAGAGCUUAUUAAUGACAGUACCAACAAAGAUUUUCUCAAUCAAAUUGUAAAACAACAGCUUACAGAUUUUGUGAUUGAAUACAACCCUGAGAAUAGGGAUCUGAUUUAUGAACUGAGCAUCUUGAAUCAUAUGUUGCUCUUUAUCUCCAAAAACUCAGAGCCAUACAGCAUCAUAAUCCGGCAUUACAGAAAGGUUUCAAAGGAAUUCCAGAACAAGAUUCUUUUCAUCCUUGUGAAUGCGGAUGAACCCAAAAACAAACGCGUCUUUGAGUAUUUCCAGAUCCCAACAGUCAAUGUCCCGUCUGUUCAAAUCUUGAACUUGAGCUCUGAUGCCAGGUACAAAAUGCCCACAGAUGACAUAACCUUUGAAAACCUCAAGAAAUUCUGCCAGAACUACCUCAGUAAAACUGCCAAGAAACACAAAUCCAGUGAAGAGAUUCCAAAAUAUUGGGACCAAGGGCCAGUAAAGCAGCUUGUGGGGAAGAACUUCAAUGUGGUUGUCUUUGAUAAGGAGAAGGACGUGUUUGUGAUGUUCUAUGCACCUUGGUCUGAGAAGUGCAAGGCACUGUUGCCACUUCUGGAAGAGUUGGGUAUGAAGUAUCAAAACCACUCCACGGUCCUUAUCGCCAAGAUUGACAUAACAGCAAAUGACAUUCAGCUGGAGAACCCAGAUCAGUACCCAUUCUUCAGGCUUUUCCCUACUGACUCACAAGAGGCUGUACUGUAUAAAGGAGAACACAGCAUGAAGGGAUUUUGUGACUUCCUGGAGCGCCAUGUCAAGAUUAGGGUUGAAGAAGAGGAUGAGCUAUUGUCCAUUGAGCAAAACGAAGUGAUUGAGGAAGAAGUGAUAGCUGAGCCAGAGACUCAGCUCACAGAGAAGUUGCCUGAGCAGCCAUUGCUCAAGCUGGAGGAUGCAGCCAUAGAAGACAGGCAAGCGAAAGAGUCAUCUGUGCUGGGGAGCAUAAGCGAGCCCACAGAGCCAGUGAGAAGGACGGAAACAGUUGAGGAGGAGGAGGAGGAAGAGGAGGUGGCUCAGCGGAAGCAACCACCUCAACCAGGGAGGAAACCGGAAGUCAAAGAAGAACUUUAGCUUCUCAGAAGCCAGAAAAGAAGGAGCCUAAUUCCAGUUCCUGACAUCAGUUUCUGAGCGAAUCUACUCUGACAAUGCCAUAUAUCAUGUGGU